GUGUGAGCGCCUCCUCUACUGGUUAACUGUCUAUGGUUAAAACACCAUUUCUUUUAGGCUGUUUGAUUGGAUAUGAGUCCUUUUUAGUCGUGAUCUCAUAUCCUGUACAGUGAAAAGCUUUAUUUAUUUAUUUAUUUAUUUAUUUGAUCGGCCCGGCCUGGAAAUGUAAGUGUCUGGUUUUAGAUAUUAUGAGUUAUAACACAGCAGCUGGAUCUGGAGACGGACGGACGGUUUCUGAAGCUGGGCGUCAACUCUCGCGACAUGGUUCGCAAAACGUACAGAAGCGUUAUUCUUUGAUUUAAAAAGCAGCCUAGUUUGGAUGUAAACCUACCAGAACUCUGCAGAACUGGACUUUUGAAGGCCUGUGGUUGAGCUUCUACUGGCUGACAGGAUGUCUAUCACGGACCAUAGCCCCACCACCGGGGUCGUCACGAUUAUUGUAAUACUUAUUGCCAUUGCAGCACUAGGAGCUUUAAUUCUUGGUUGUUGGUGCUACUUGCGACUGCAGCGCAUCAGUCAGUCUGAAGACGAGGAAAGCAUUGUCGGUGAAGGGGAAACCAAGGAGCCCUUCUUACUGGUCCAGUAUUCGGCCAAAGGCCCGCGGGUGGAGCACAAGACCAAGCUCACCCCUAACGGCACGGAGAGCCACACCUAAGUCCAUCUCCCUUCGCAGUGCAUACUGUGUAGUGGGUCGUGUUUCAAAGCAACCUACUGCAUGCAGUUGUCUAGUUGCUUUCACGUGAUUUUUUUUUUCUCGCCCAUUUUGUGGUGGUAGAGCCCUGUUAUAAUGUGAAAUCAAUAACUGUCAUAGUUUUUGUGCAAUGCUAUUUGUAAAGCCGUAACUAAGUUCUUAAGCUAAAUCAAGACUGAUUCUGUUUCUUUGGUGAUUUUACUUUAUUUCUCUUCCAGAGCUGGCUCUGGUUUUAAGAAACACAAAUUUUAAUGGAAUGGUUUCACAUCCAUGUCAAAGUCUUCGAUGCUUUUGGGGCUUUUUUAUCCAGUUCGUUCCAUUUACUUACUUACUUAAAAAUAAAGGUUCUAAAAUAAUUGGUUCCAUGAAGAGCAUCUAUUGCAUCUUUCCAUUCCACAAAAGGUUCUUCAUAGUGGAAAAGAGGUUAUUUUAAGAAUUGUUCACUGAAAUGUUUUUGAACAAAAAAAAGUUCUUCUAUGGCAUGGCUGUGAAAACCCAUUUUGAACCUUUAUUUUAAGUGUUGAAUUGCAAUACAAAAUUAACAUGUUUUUCAUUACAAAUGAGAACUUUAAGAUACCAUAACUUGCCAAAUUAUGUAAACUGGCUUUCGAAAGCUCUUACAUUACAUUUAUAAAUCAUAGUUUUAUUAGCACUUUUUAUCUUCAAUGUGACAUGCACGUGAUUUUGUAAAUAGCAUUUGCUGGUUCUGGUUUAAACCUGCUAGGAAACCACUACAAGAACAAAAGCCAAUGACUGAGGUCUUUUUAUUCUUGCUGAAUUCUAUUGUGAUCAAAGAGGCGUUUGUUUUUUUUGUGGUUGAGCACAUUUCUCCAUUAUGAGAAGUCAUAUGAAAGUGAAAAUAUUAUUUUUCUAGAUGGCUUAAUGCGCAACAUGGAUACUGAAAUGUCACCGAUUUGAGUUUGAACGUUUUCCUCAACAGUUUUUUUUGUGUGUGUGUGUGAUAUCGCAGUCUUCGCUGUUUGUACAUGCAAGAUGAAAGUGAAAGAAAUGAUUUAUUUUUAUACAAUAUUCAUGCAAAUAUUGUCUGUAGAAUCAAAAUCAACAGUCAGGCAUAUAGAUGAAGCCUGAAAAUGCUAGUGAUUUCACUGAUAUCAGAUGUUUAGGAUUCUGUCGUACAUUUGUUUGUGUAUGAUGUGCUGUUCAAUAUAAAGAAGAAAAAAACAAGGACAGUACAUGCAUGUUACAUUAAUCUGCAUAAUUGAGAAAAAGCCAUUUUUAAUCAGUAAAAGGCUUAGUAUAUUGCUUCUGUCACUCCAGCUGGUGUCUGUCCAGUGUUUGAUUGUACUGAACAAUAAAACCUGUUAGGGUAA